AUGCAUUUCCUCCUCCUUGGCGCAACUGGCCGAACUGGCAAGCAUGUCGUCCGCGAGCUGCUUGCUCAGGGCCACACUGCCGUCGCUCUGGUCCGCAAUGCAAACAGCCUCGACGCCCAACCCGGUCUCACCAUUGUAACCGGAACGCCGCUCUCAAAACCGGACAUCAAGAAAGCCUUGUCUGCCGCACCUUCCCUUACACCCGAAGCCGCCAUCUUCACCUUGAAUGCUGUGCGCAAGUCAGAGAGCCCGUUCGCGGCUCCUCUUUGCCCUCCACGUUUCCUCGCCGACUCAUGCGCCAAUGCCUGCGAGGUCCUGGAAGAAGCUGGUAUCCGCCGCAUCGUGGUCAUGUCGACCGCGGGUGUCGGUGACUCCUGGGGCAACCUCCCAUGGCUUUCCAAGGGCUUCAUGGGCUGGACCAAUAUCAAAUAUGCGCUCGAAGACCACAGCCUUUUAGACAAGGAGAUCCGCACAACCAAGAUGGAGUGGACACUCGUCCGAGCCACCAGACUCGAGUACGACAACCCAAAGGCAGCACCUAUCGACCCGAAGGCGGAGGUGAAGACCUUGGGCAGUGCCGGCAAGGGCAUGUCAAUGACUGACAGCGUCAACAUCAGCAGUGCAGCCAAGUUCCUGGUCAAGGCGGCGGUGAACAAGCUCUACGUACGGGAAGCUGUGGUCAUCAGGGAUUAG